AUGAAGCUGUAUGUAAAGAUUCAGCUGCUGAGCUUUUGCUUCCAAGUUUUUAACUUCAUUUUCCUGGCUCUGGGUCUGGGUGUGCUCGGUUCUGGACUCUGGAUCCUGUUUGACAGAGGAAGCCUGCAGACCAGCCUCCCCUCAGGGGAGCUGCGUACAGUGGGGGCAGGCCUGAUGCUGAUUGGUGCAGUGGUGUUGCUGGUCACUUUGGUCGGGAUUCUCGGAGCAGAAAAACAGAUCCGAGUCGUGCUGCUGCUGUACGUCGGCUUCCUCAUCGUGCUGAUCCUGGGUCAGCUGUUCGUCACAGUGCUGCUGCUCAUCAAUAGAGACAAGAUUGAAGAGAGUCUGGAUCAGACGGUGGAUGACAUCAUCGUGAACUUCGGAGCAGACAGCAGCGAGGACAGACUGAUGGACAGAGUCCAGAAAUAUGAGGGCUGCUGUGGCAGGACGGGCCCUGCUGAUUGGCUGAACAACUCCUUCAUCCAGAGGCUGAACCUGACCAAUCAGGACGUACUUCCUUGUUCCUGUUUCAGGUCGUAUGAGCCCGGCGUUAACUCAUCCUGGUGCUCCGAGCUGCUCAACUACACUGGCCCACUGGUCAACAGGGGGAAUGGGUCCUAUCACACGGGCUGCAAGGAGAAGGUCCGUGAUUGGCUGAAGGAGAACACGCUGACGGUGGUCAGCAUGGACGUGGGCCUCAUGUUGAUCGAGGGGCUGCAGCUCGUCCUCGCCGUGCAGCUCUACGGCGCCGUCGGCAGGAAACGAACUGCCAAGAAGCGAGCCGCGGCCGAUGAGCUGGACCACGGAGAGCCGAACUACGCCUACAGCGAUCCUCAGGAUGGUUACACAGACCCCAACCACCCUGCACAUCAACAUGACUACCCGAACUAGGACUCAGGCCCCGCCCACCCUGCACAUCACCAUGACUACCCAAACUAGGACACAGACCCCGCCCACCUUGUACAUCACCAUGACUACCCGUACUAGGAGUAAAUCUACCGGAGACGGCCAAUCAACGGGCUUCUUAAAGAAUCAAUAAAGUCAUUAAAUAUGUUG